AUGAACGUGCCCGAGCCGGGUCCUGCAGCCGCCGCCGCUGCAGCCGCUGCCUUCAUGAUGCUGCUGGUGGACGGGGACGGGGAAGGGGUCGGGGUCGGGGACAGGUCGCUGCCGGAGUCACAGCCCGAGGCGCUGCACAGUGGGGCGCAGGAGCUCGCCCUCUUCUUCACUCCCGAGCCCGGGGCCGAGGUGAAGGAAGUGGAAGCCACCAUUGAAGAUAUGCUUCUCAGGCUGGAAGAGUUCUGUGGCCUGACUGACAUGAUCAGGAGUGACACGUCGCAGAUUCUGGAUGAAAAUAUUCCGCUUGUGAAAGCCAAAGUGAUGGAGAUGAAUGGCAUAUACACCAAAGUGGAUAAAUUAGAGGCAUUUGUGAAGAUGGUGGGACACCAUGUCUCCUUCCUGGAGGCACAAGUGCUCCAGGCUGAGAAAGAUUAUGGAACAUUCCCUCACACCCUUCGAAAGUGGUUACAGUCGACCAGUUUGUCGGCCUUCCGAAAUAAACAGCCCACACCAGUUCAACAGAUGUAUGAAUUGCCCACACUUUACAGAACUGAAGACUACUUUCCCAUGGAUAUGCCUGGAACAAAGUGUCCAACACCAUAGUGGAUAUCCAUUCAUGCAGCUUUUUCAGAGAUGCUGGUUCAAUCUCCUGAUUCCUGAUGAUUGAGAAUGAAAUAACAAUAUAUUUAAUAGCUCAACUUAAAAAAAUUAAACCAUUUUCUCUUGUUUCUUUGUAAAAAAAAAUUUGUGUGAAAUGCAGCCGAAAAACUCUAUUUGUGCCCAUGUGUCCAAUAUUAGUCAGAUAGACUUUUGAACAUUGUUUAUAUAUUGUCCAUAUGCAUGUUUUUCUUUUCUACUUAAUAAUGAUCAACAAGAGGAGUAAGAGUCACAGCUUUGGCUUGUUUACUGUGAAUACUUGGAGGUUAAUUUAGUCUCCUUAUUAUCUCAAUAAAAAGCAUCAAACGCCUAGCCUUGA